AUGCUUGGCUCCCACAACACAAAAACACCGCUUUCAAGCACAGCAGCAUCUCAUCAGAAGUAUACUGCAUCACUUGUACGCAGCAAGUUGACUCAGAACAAAGCUACCACCUUUACUCAAUCAUGUCUUCUCGAGGUCGUCAGACAAGAGCGGCGGAGACGCGGAUGGCCCGGCGUGGCCUUGCUGACAGGGCGGCAGCUGCAGAGCGAGCUAGCAGGAGUGGAGCUCGUGAAGAAGUCUCAGCAGAACGGAGUAGUAGCUCCAGAAGCCGCGCAAGGCGAUCAGCUGUUCAGCCAAGCAGUAGCAGAGGACCUGAAGGACGACCUGGGGGACAGCCCGGCCGAGGCGGAGUUGUCGAUAGUGGAGCUGAGAGUAGCACGACAGACCGAGGCCGCGGCGGAGCAGCGCAAGCGGAGGAAACCAUCGGAAGCCAAUACCAGCACAGCGGACUUUCCUGCCUCGACGAUUGACCAUGCGGCCGCCGUAGCAAGGUCCCGGGCUAUUAUCGAAGCUUCAAGAGCAGUGAUAGAUCGCCACAGAACAAACGCGGACAGCGGUUCUGGAGCAUCAGCAGGGGAGUCUGCGCCAGUUCGCCAGAACGGAGUUCACCGAGUGCCGUACAGCAUUACCACAGAACGUCUGCAGUCUCCUGAUGAUGAGCGUGUCACACCUGCCGAAGGCUGGGACCUCGACCAUUCUGAUGACGAAGGCCAUGAUCCAGUGGAAGGCGGCGUCGCACGAGAUAUUACCCGUGUAGUGUAUCUCGAGCUUAUUCCGGUGCCGGAGUUGAUUUGGUACACCGAGAAGCGCCCCGGUAAGCUCGACCUCAUCGAUGGCAUCCUGCGAUCGGCGUGGCAGAUCAUAGGAGACCUUAAGGCAAUACGUGAGGAAGAAGGGUGGUCAGCUGAGCAGCGCGCUCGGCACGACAGCUGGUCCGAUACUCGGAGGUUUCUUCGUGAAGACCAAGUCGCAGCGUACGCAAUGCCUCUCAGCGUCUUCCAUAUCAUCCAUCGGGAGUCAACGGUGGCAAUGAUGGCGACAGACCGGGAGAAGAGGGCCCUAAAUCCACCAGCGGAGGACAAGACCGCUUCGCGUAGCGGUAGCGCCAGCCCCGAGUCUCCGCGUGGAUCUUCUGCGCCGGCGUGA